AUCUGUACAAUGCUUUCUAAACCAUUUAUGGGUUUUGUUUGUUUGGUUUGAAGUAUCUUAGAGACACAGAUUUUGCUGCUUUGGAAAGAUAUCCUUUCUGGGUUUCAUCAGUUCCCUUCAAAGUUACUUCCUUUCUUAGGGAUUUACUUUGGAGGCUUCAUAUUGUUUCAGAUCACUGAUCUUCUCAUAAUGGCAUUUUGAAGGCUCUUCUUCUGUUAAGAUCUGUAGGGAUUUUUUAUUUUUAUUUUUUUCACUUACCAGAUUCCAUCUCAAGACGCGUUCUAGAAUAGAAAUAGUAUUUUAUUCACAGAUUUCAGUGGUUACGCAUUGGAGUCUUUUUUUUUGUUUUUGUUUUUUUUUUGGGCUACAUUACAUUUGUGUUAGAUUAUUGGCACAGACAGAUCACACAUUGGCCUCCUUUAGUCCAUCUGGACAAGAAAAAGUACUUUUCCUCUCAUAAGAGUUUUGUUUACAUCUAAAAAGUUGAACUUCGUUGUUCUGUUGUGUGGUUCUGGAGUGUGAACUGCAGACUUAUAAUAAUAAUCUCAUUAUAUAAGCCUAGUUAUUACCUGGAAGAAUAGGCAAACAUGGAUUUUUUCAAGGUUAAGAAAUUCAGGAAAGCCCACAAACCCGUUUUGGGAAAUGAUUUGGAGGACAAGCCUGUGCCUCAGCCAGAGGAGCCAAAGAAAGAGAAUGAUGGUGGUGGAGAUGUUGUUAAUAAUAAGACAAAUAAUGAGGCUUCUGAUCCCACUGCUGAAGCUGAGGAUGAUGAUGAUGAUUUCAUCACAAACGAGGUCAAGAGGAGGCUGAAGGAGCUGAGGAGGAAUAGUUUCAUGGUGUUGAUUCCGGAGGAAGAGUCUUGUGGUGAAGAGGAUGAAGAUGAGGAGGAAGAGCAGGAAGCGGAUCAGGCUAUAAGCUCUACCCAGUGGAGGGAUGUGGAGGCAGAAGCUCGCCAAUGGUGGGGCGGCUUUGAUGCUUUGUACGACAAAUAUUGCGAGAGGAUGCUGUUUUUUGAUCGGAUGAGCGCGCAGCAGCUUAAUGAGACUGGCUGCCAAACUCCCACCACACCAUCACCAAGAUCUGCAUCUAAGAAGCUAGCAUCUCCUCUCCGCUGCCUUUCUUUGAAGAAGAUUGAAGAACCUGCGGAUGAGACUGAGUAUCUUCAGCAAUUACAAGUUGACCCAUAUCAUGAUAUCGAGAUGGCAUAUGUAGCUCAGAUUUGCUUGACUUGGGAGGCACUUCACUGCCAAUACACCCAACUGACCCAGAAAAUUUUGUGCCAACCUGAAAACCCCACCUGCUACAACCAUAGCGCUCAACAGUUUCAACAAUUUCAGGUUUUAUUACAAAGAUAUGUUGAGAAUGAACCUUUUGAGCUAGGUCUUAGGCCCGAAAUUUAUACUCGUGCAAGGAAACUUUUGCCGAAAUUGCUGCAGGUCCCUAAUGCUAAAGCUUCGGAUCAGAAAGAGAUGGAAGGAGAAGAACCGUCUUUAACAGUUCUUGCCCCUGAUCUUAUCAAGAUAAUGGAAUCGUCGAUUCUUACUUUCCACCUUUUUCUGAAGAUGGAUAAGAAAAAAUCUGGUGGGGCUCGACUCUUUGGAAACCUGAACCAAACUGGUGCAACCGCGCUUCAUCAGGUUCAAUCAUCUCUUGAGAAGAAACUAUUGAAACUAAAGGAGCUGCGUAAGAAGAGGAGAGGUUGGAAAAAGAGAUCCUGGCCCUCGGCAAAAGAAGACGUUCAGCUCUUGUUCAGCCUCAUUGACGUCAAACUAUUGUCAAGGGUUGUCAGAAUGGCGAGGAUUCGUAAGGAACAACUAUUUUGGUGCGAGGAGAAGAUGAAAAAGCUCGACGUCGUGGAUGGCAAGUUGCGAAGAGACCCUUCGCCAAUCCUUUUCCCCUGUUAAAUAGGAUGAUUGCGGGACACGGGCUGAAGAUAAUAUCUGAAACACAUGAUCUCAUUGGUCUAUACCAGAAAGAUACCAUCCUCUUCAACUUCAACACAAUUUCCAGUUUCUCAAAAUCCGCAGUCUGACGGUGUUGAUCUUUUGCAAGAGGAGGUGAUUAUCUUCGAAACAACCUAUAGAUAAUGAUUAAACUCAAGCACAUAUGUUGAACCAUGUGUGUGUUUUGUUCUUUUGGCU